AUGGAAACUGAGGACUUGCCAAAGAAGAGGAAAAAAGAAAGCAGCCAUUGGUGGGAAGGAGAUCAAGAAGAUCAAUCUUCAAUCAAAUGAAUGUCCCUUGAGCACCAUGGCUUAUUUUUUCCUCCAUUAUAUCAGCCUCACGGAGUCCCACUUGUCUAUAAUGGCGAGCCAAUUUAUUUAACCCCUGAGCAAGAAGAAAUCGCUACAAUGUGGGCCUCUGUCGUAGGAACUGAAUGGGAAACAAAAGAAAUUUUCCGAAAAAAUUUCGAAAGCAGUUUCUUAAAAAUUCUUGGCGAAAACCAUAAAAUUAAAUCCUUAAAUGGCUGCGAUUUUAAAGGAAUAAGUAUGCAUAUUGAGUCUCAAAGAGAAUUAAAAAAACUCCGGCCUUCAGAAGAAAAAAAAACUGAAAGAGAAGCCAAACAAAAAAUUAUUGAAGAAAUGGGCUAUGCAAUCGUGGACAAUACAAGAGAAAAAAUUUCUAAUAUAAUAGUUGAGCCUCCUGGGCUGUUUAGAGGAAGAGGCCAACACCCUAAAGGAGGAAACAUAAAGGGAAGACUAGCUCCUGAAGAUAUUACAAUAAAUAUAGGGAAAAGAAAUAAAGUUCCUAUAUGCCCAUUGCCAGGACAUUCUUGGAAAUUUAUUACACACAACAAUACAACUACCUGACUUGCAUUUUAUGAAGACCCUGAACUAAGUUUUUCAAGCAAGAAAUAUGUCUAUUUAUCUGCAGCUUCCAAAUUUAAAGGGCUCAGCGAUAAGCUAAAAUAUGAAAAAGCCAAAAAAUUAAAAGAAAUGAUUGAUGAAAUCAGAGCAGAUUAUAACAAAAAAAUUUUAUCAGAUAGUUCUGUUAAUAAGCAAUUAGGGUCAGCUUUAUAUUUAAUUGACAAACUUGCAUUACGUGUUGGAAAUGAAAAAACUGAAGACGAAGCUGAUACCGUUGGCUGCUGUUCUUUAAGAGUUGAACAUAUAAAAUUCGAAAAAAAUCAUCAAAUUACUUUAGACUUUCUUGGUAAAGAUUCUAUGAGAUAUUUUAAUACAGUUCAAAUUGUCCCUGAAGUCUAUAACAAUUUAAAAGAAUUUUGUAAAGGUAAAGAAAAAGAAAACGAUUUAUUUGAUUUAAUUACCGCCCACACCCUUAAUGGCUAUUUAAGGAGUUUUAUGCAUGGACUCUCUGCUAAAAUGUUUAGAACUUAUAAUGCAUCAAUUUCUUUACAGCAGCAACUAGCAAAAUUUAAAGCAAAAAAUCAGUCUGUUGAAGAAAAAGUCCAAUUUUAUACUGAUGCAAAUAGAGAAGUUGCUAUAUUAUGUAACCAUCAAAAAUCGACGCCAAAAAAUUUUGAAGGCAUGAUAGAAAAACUUCAAGAAAAAUUAAAAGAAAAGCUUGAGGAUAUCAGGAUACUUGAAGACCAUAUGAAAUUUAUUAAAACUGGGAGAAAUUCAGUAGAUACAGAAAGAAAAUUACCUUGCACUGAAGAAAAUACAAAGAAAGCACUAGCUAAAGCUAAAACAGCUGUGAAAAAUAUGGAAAUUAAGCUAAAAAUGAAGGAUGAUAACAAAACAAUAGCGCUUCAGACUUCAAAAAUUAAUUAUAUGGAUCCGAGAAUCACUGUUGCAUGGUGCAAAAAGAAUGAAGUGCCAAUUGAAAAAGUAUUUGCAAAGACUCUGAGAGCGAAAUUUAUUUGGGCGAUGUAUGCAGAGACUACUUGGGAAUUUUAA